CAUAUGCAGUUUGGAGCUACAGUGUGCAUUGUUGUGCAGCUAAAGGUCUAGUUGGAUAAAUGUUGCUUCAUGAAAUUGCGCCAGAUGAAAUGAAACUUUUAUGUUGUUUUUAGUAGCCGUAUAGACAACUCUUCCUAUCAGUUCGGCUAGCUGCAGGUGGUCAAAUGCGGGCGCUAACGCGGCGGAAGAUCUCGCAGCAGCGGCGGCGAAGAAAGAUGCUCGGUCGGAAACUGAUGCCCCGACUCAGGCGAGCUUUGCAAGCCGGUCGGAUAGUCAAGCCGUUACGUGACCCACAUCCAUGGACUGUAACACUGAUGGAGUCAAGUGCCGUUGGCACCCUCUCGGUGACAUCCAGAUCCAGUGGCAGCGUUUCAGCACGUGUAGCAAGGCAGGGCAGCCUGUUCCCGACAGCGAGCGGAGGGGAGUCUCGAGAGAAAACCACCAUGGACGGGGAUUUCGAAGAAGGCCGGGAUGUUUCUGAAGACAGUCAAGAAUGGGAUGAAGGUUUGUCUCCGCGGAAGAAACUGAAGGAACGGCGCAAGACACCUGCCGCCAAAUCAGUUCAGCCUACCUUUGAAGAAUACGAAUCAUCGGAGGGAGGUGGUGACAGUAGUGACAGUGAGAGUGAUAGUGAAAACGCCGGUCUGGAGGAUGCAUCUGGUGAUGAGGAUUUACCUGGCAGCGGCGACAGCUCCACAUCUGAUGAAAGCGAUAACGCAGAUGCGUGCAGUCAGAGGGAAGUGCACAGACUGCUGCUGCAAUCGCAAAAUUUGCUGCAGGAUUGUGAAGAUGGCAGUCCAGUUGGUAGCAUUGAUGAGCAGGGCAACAGCGAGGAAGACAACAGAGACGACAAUACUUUCAGGGUGUUCCUGGCAACUGAUCGUGUGGUCGUGGUGGUUCGGCACCCAGCUGCAGUGCGUCUCAUGGGGCGCGCGCUGUUGCGCGUCCUGCAUGGCAUUGUCGACAUCGAGGGCCACGUGAUGAUAGGCGGGGCUGUCGCUGCGAGGAUCCGGCCCAACAGCUGCGUCGUCCAUUCGGGCUUUCCCCAUGGCUCUGCGCACAUAAGGCCCCUCCCACUGGAGGUCCCCAGGGGGGGCGGCAAGGCCACACACUUGCGCCGGACCCUUGCUAGGCUGGGCAUGGACGAUGCGUGGACCCAACUGCGGCCACUGCUCGCACAUGGGACCGCCGUCAUGCUACUGGAGAAGGUGCCGGGAGGCAACUGGCCCAUUGGGGUCAAAAGCAUGCCCCAAGUACGGGGCCCCUUUCAGUCGCUGGGAUUCCAGCUGAGCAUGGACCAGCAAUCCAGGUCGCAACGCGAUCCAUGGCGGCAGCGGGCAUCCGCCCUCGCAAGGCACCUGGCCCGUGCAGUCAAUUUUGGAGAUCAGCGGCAGACGGCAAAGACAGAGAGCCAUGCUGUGCCCUGCAUUGUUGUGUGUGGACGCCAGAACACCGGGAAGUCGUCCCUGCUUCGAGUACUGGUCAACAGCCUCCUGAAUUUCUGCUCCGAGGUGCUGUACUUGGACUGUGAUCCUGGCCAGUGCGAGUUCACCCCUCCAGCUACUGUCUCGCUCACCCGUGUCACUGAACCACUGCUAGGUCCACCGUUUACGCAUGUCCGGACACCUGAAAAGGCCUACUUCUUGGGUCACGUGAGCCCAGCCAGCCAGCCUGAUUCCUACUGCACGGCUGUACGUGCGCUCAUUGACCAUGCUCGCCAGGUGGCACCCAAAACGCCACUUCUCGUCAACACUAUGGGCUGGGUCAAUGGACUGGGCCUCUCGCUUCUGGUGGAUACGAUCCGGUGGCUGCGUCCGACGGACCUGGUGCAGCUGGUCGUUGAGAAAGAGAACAGCGACGUUCCUCUUCCACCACUGGACGACACACUGCUGCGAUCGGCUUGUGGCUGGAUGACGUCACGCAGCGCCACUGACUGCCUCUGGCCCCUGGAAGAUCUCUCAUGCCAUGUGUUGCCUGGUACCACCUACAGGGGAAGGUCUUGGGCACGUGCCAAGCGAGAGGCCAUGGUCCUUGCGUACCUGGGACGGCAGGGCAACGGCAACAGUGCCCAGCUGCCUGAGACACCUUACUGGCUGUGGAACAACACACCACUCAGAGUCCCAUGGUGUGCGAUGGCUGUACAUGAUUGCGACAACUCCGUUCCCAAGAAGGAUCUGCUGUACUCACUCCGUGGCAGUAUCGUGGCCCUGUGUGUCGUCCCCACUGACAAGCUCCUGGAAACGGAGAACCCCUCUUACCCGAGGUUUAUCGAUAGCUGUGGCCCAUACGAGUGCCUUGGAUAUGGUCUCGUGCGUGCCAUUGACCCCUCGGAGCACCUCUUCUAUGUUGCCACCCCUGAGCCACCAGAGCGGUUGGCAGAAGUCAAUGCCCUCAUCCGUGGCGACAUUCAUUUGCCAGAGUCCUUGCUCAGUAUUCAGGCGCAGCUGUUGCAGUGCGGGUGGGCGCCUUAUGUGGCUAAAGCGUCGUCCGAACCAGACCACAGCAGCGAUGACGAGGAGCAGAACGGCGACGCUUCCUGCUCCUGAAGGGAUGUUACAUCCUGCUUUCUUUUCUUUUUCUUUAAUUUCUUCACGCAAUAAAAGAUGCAGGGCAGGCUGCCAACUUUUCAAUUUA